AUGUUUCCGUCCACAGUAGUCACCGUCCUUCUCAAACCAGCGAAUCCAGCAGCUCACGGUCUUCGCCCAUAUCCACAGCAAGAGUCCGCGCAGUCGACCAUCUUGGAUUUCCAAAUUCGUAUGUGCUGCAAAAAUCCGUUGCCCCAAGUGACACCCUUAGAUGAUUCUGGUAUCUCCUUCAAAGGACAAGAGGAUUUGGUAGCGACACUUUCGGUUCCAAUCUCCGGUGGAUCAACAAGCCACGAUUUCGGAAUCAGCUAUCAUUCCACGACUCCUUUGAUCAAGCAGAUGCGCUGUCAAGGCGUAUCAACUCUAAAAGACCAGAGUCCUAAGAAAGCGUCGUUGCUUCUAUAG